CUCGAGGUGUACCUGACAGACGCACAGAGAGUCGGAUAAUUGAAAGACUUGGACUAUAUAUACACUGUGCUGUACUCUGAACGAGGGAAAAACAGCAGCGGAUAAAAAUGAAAAGGAAUCACGAUUUUAGCUCCUCGGACAGCGAACUGGACGAGAACAUUGAGGUUGAGAAGGAGAGUGCCGAUGAAAAUGGGUAAGUUUGUGUCCAAUAUUUGGGCAAUUUGCGUUUUUACUGCGUUAUUGUGGUAUGUUCCGAACCUAGCUACAUGUUCCAAGGAACUUACCCCUUUGCUUUGGUAUUGUUUAUAAGAAAAGACUGUGCGCAAAGCAGAAACUGAAUUGCGCAAUUUAGUCAUUUUCGUGGCAUUAUCUAAUUGGUUCCUAACCAGGGGUACUAAGCCUAUCCACAGGGGGUACUUGAGAAGACUCAUGAGGUCAUAGGCUGACUGGUAAAAUGUACAUGGGGGGGGGGGGGGGUUACUUCAGGGGUACUCCAGGCAGAGCAAAAUUCAUUUGGUGGUACAGUAACCGAAAAAGGUUGGGAACCACUGAAAAAGAAUGUACAUUAAUAAAAUAAUUGUAAGUGUUUUUCUUUCAGGAACAUGAGAUCCCCCCUUGGGCCGACGUCUCCAUCAACAAAAACUCAAGUGAAUGCGAGGAAGCGCCGUCGUGGAGUGAGUAACCUACAGUUCCCCAAUAUCGUAUUGGAAUUGUCGUGCAUAAAUGUGUGUAAUACGCACGUUUUUACAGCAACUCAAUUCUCUCUUUCUGCAAUGACUAAAUGUUCCAAUCUCUCUCUCAGAUCAUUGAAAAACGUCGCCGUGACAGAAUCAACAACAGCCUCACCGAGCUGCGUAGACUGGUCCCCAGCGCGUUUGAGAAGCAGGUAAGAUACGAUCCGUGCGUCUUGCAUAAAACCAACGCCCCAUCAAAAUGUUUGACAGGAUACCAUAUCGUGCUUUGAACUCGUAGAGAAAAAUAAAAUGUAUAAAGUUUCCACAAGUUUUCAGAAAAUAACUAAGAAUAAUUUCCAGUUUAUAUAUUCAAUGAUUUAAUGAUAUUCAAUGCCGUUUUAUUUGUUUAAUGAAUGUGCCUUCUGCUCCGCAAUCCUGCAGGGUUCAGCUAAACUGGAGAAAGCAGAGAUUCUGCAGAUGACAGUGGAUCAUCUGAAGAUGCUUCAUGCUGCUGGAGGAAAAGGUACAUUUUUAUUUUUUAAAUACUAGAAUAAAUAACCAUAAUAAAUUCAUUAUUACUGUAACAUAUUUUUGAAGUACCAUAAUAUUGAUUGACUAUAAGGUUAGUGAUUUGGAUAAUAUCUUUCACUUCACUGUGUUGUUCUGGAAACUCAAGCUACUGUAUGUGCAUCUCAUUAAAUCUUUUAAUAAACGGUUUAGAUGUUGAAUAACAAUAGUCAAAACAGGUCAGACAGGCUUACUUGAACUCUCUCCCUGGCUUGACACACCCAGGGGCCAAUUUAUUGUCAUUAGUAGACUUCCUUAGACAUCCGCUAUUCCGGCUCUACUUGUUUGGUGUAAUUGGCUGAAAACACUUCAUUAACCGUUCUUGUUCCCUCUCCCUUCUAGGUUACCUUGACGCCCAGGCUCUGGCCAUGGACUACCGAGGUCUGGGUUUCAGGGAGUGUCUGGCUGAGACAGGCCCGUUACCUGAGCAUCAUCGAGGGGCUGGACAGCGCUGACCCCUUGAGGAUCCGCCUGGUCUCCCACCUGAAUAGCUACGCCUCCCAGAGAGAGGCCCACUCCGUCUCCAUCUCUGGGCUGGGGCACCUGGCCUGGGGCUCGGCCUUCGGGUCGCCCCCCUCUGCCCACCUGGCCCACCUCCUCCUCCGGCAGCAGCACCAUCAACACCAGCAGGGGGCGACAUUACCGUUACCACGCAGCACCUCCAACAGCCCUCCGUCAUCCUCCUCUUCUACUCCUUCAUCCUCCUCUUCCUCCUCCUCUCCGAUCGAGAGAGAACGUCGUUCCUCGCCCCAUGGCCAUGCUCCCAGCAGGCUUAGCGGUGCCACCCCCCUCUCCGAGCACAGCCAAGCCCAGGGGGGCCCUCUCCGCGUCCCCACCAGCGCUGCCCCCCUCCCCCCGGGGCUGAACCUGACCGUGACCUCCUCCAAGCUCUCCCCUCCCCUCUCUCUGUCCUCCCUCUCCACCCUGUCGUCGUUCCCCUUCCCCUUCAGUGCCUUCCCCCUGCUGUCCCCCAGCCCCCUCAGCCCCCCCGCCUACCCCUCCAGCCAGGCCAGCCUGGGGAAGCAGCCCUACCGGCCCUGGGGCUUGGAGAUUGGGGCUUUCUGA